AGAUAACUCUAAAUUCAAAGUUCAAAUGGGAUACUUCAUUUGAAGAUUUUAAUGAAAUUAAGGCAUAAUAUAAUCAGCAUGUAAUAAGAUAAGAAUUUAGAUCACCAUGUUGCUUUUGUUAACCUUCUUUACAAAAUAAAAUAAUGUUACGUAUACCCUAAUUACUACUAUUGUCUGUCUAUAUUAUAAAUCAAACUUAGCUUGUGAUUUUAUUACAAUGCGAUUGUGUUUCGUUAUAAACUUUAUUAUUAUCACAUUUUAUCAAUUAACCAGAAACUCACCAUUGACCACCAUUUUUUUCUAAGAGUGUCCAGUCUUUGACUAUAUAAUGUUUUAAGAUAACCUAGUAAAUACCAAUGUUCAGUGUGAAAUUAAAUUUUUACUGCUGUCGUAGCAAAUGUGAAAAGAAACAUGGAUCACGAAGAAGAGUUUUUAAACACAUUCUUUACUCACGUCGCACAAUUAUGUAUUGACAAAGCAAAAGAAUUAGUUGAAAAAGAACGUGGUUCAUGUCGUCAAACACAAUUGGGACCAUGGGGAAUGUUACUUAUGCAUUUACCACAAAUUGCAGUGGCAGAACAUUCAUAUGCAGACCUGGGUUUUCUCCAUACGAAAAAUAAAGGAUUUUUAAGGAAAGAUAAUUCACUAAAAACAGUCUAUGAAUCAUUGAAGUCUGACUUAAAAAGAGUAGAAGAAAUGACUAAAGGAACUAAUUCAAUUGGUACAACAGUUGCAGAAGUUUCAAAUCAGCUGUGUCAAUAUAUUACAGCAAAGAUACAGUUGAUAGAUUUCUAUGAGAAGAUGUACCAUAUGAGUAUAAACAGUAAAAUUAUGAAACAUCAAGAAUUAUUACAAUGCAUAGAAAGGAUAGUAGAAAGUCAUUUAAUGUCCUGUUCACAUUUAGCUUUAACUGCUGUUAAAGCAAGCUUGACUUUAGAAUGUGAAAUAUUAGUACAAUUAACAAAAGCGCAAGUUGAACUUCAACAUUGGAGGUUCUUAUCAACUCUAAUGUCUCUGUAUGGUGCGCAAACACGAAUGUCAGCUUGGGAAAGAACAUUGCAGAGUAAAGAGUCGUGGAAGUUAGGUUUCAGUGCGACUUUUCUAAAAGCGAAUCAACAGCCAGCAUUGUAUCAAUGGUUAGUUAAAUUACGCAGUAGCAUAUUAGCUAAAUGUUCUCUAUACUUUCAUGCUACUUUGAGUCAACAAGCUAGUCCAGGAGAAAUGAGGAGUAUUAUGAGUAAACAAAAUGUGGAUUACUAUCACAAAAUUCAGAGUUUUCAACGUAAACACGAUGUUCUGGCUGUUUUAAUUAUAUUCGAUUCUAGAGGGGUUGAUGAUUCAGGCCCAGGCUAUAGACAUCCUCAUAGAGAGCCAAACACAUCUGAAUAUUUUCCUGUUGUUCUUAGUUGUCCUAGUACAUUUGCACAACAAUCAAUUCAUUUAGAUAAUGUACAAAAACGUAUCAAAGAACGGCAAACAGAUCUUCUAACCAUGGAUAAAAUUGUAUAUUGUAAAAAUGUAAAAGAUCCAUAUAUAUAUACCAUGUAUAAUACUGAUCCUAAAAUGACACUUGUCACUAUAUUUGAAAGUGGCAAACAGAGGGAUAAAGAAUCUCAUGUAACAUCUUUUAUGACAGAUUUGUGUAUGCAAAUUCGUUGUAACAAAGUGUAUGAAUCACUGAAACUAUCAAAAUAAGAAAUUAAAAGACUAUGUAUAUAGACAUGUGGAAGUAGAAUUGAAACAUAUAACGCACAGAAAUAACAAUUAUUAUUUAAGUUCUUUAAAAACGAAUAAGUGUAAAUAAAAUAUAUAUUAUUAUUUCUUAAAAUAU